AUGAUCAACAAACAUCACGAUAGUCCACCGUUUGAACCUUUCUUCGUGCAGACUCAGUUUCCGUUAUCCACUAGCAUCAUGCAGAUCAACUGUGCACAAAGAACAUUCCCCGUAACUGUGGUGCUGAUGAUGUUCCUGCUACCGACAUGCACGUCUUCCAGAACAGUCGGCACCAAAGCAGACGCUAUCGGAGUUAUAAAAAGUGCUUUCCGUGAUGAUAAUGAUGGUAUCUAUUUCCCUCAAAAAUACGACACAAUCCGCGGGGCUAAGUCAGCAGAAAAUGACGAAGAUAACGAGGUUAUAUCCGUGCGGUUGUUAAAUAGAUACCAUCAUGCAACGCCCUUUGCGUUCGUAACGGAAAACCAAGACCAUGUUUCUUAUGAGAAUGUGAAUGAGUCACCUGAAAAUGUUACCUGGAAGACGACCGAGCGUGUCGAAAGUUUAAACGUCUCGAGUGCUUCUACAACUGCGACUAGGGAAGUGACUACAAUCACCAAUACUCCUAUGGAUGCUGACAUAUACGAUGGAGAUAUAUCUUUAGAACAUGGAUGGGUUCAUUCUAAGCUAGAAAUUCCCGAAUCAUCUGAAGAACAUUAUACGCAGCACACAACGAUGACUCCAACGACAGUUCAAAGUACAAGUAAAAUGACAACUAAACCGUCAACAAAGCAAUCAACUCAUCCCACUACUGUAUCAGCAUUUGUGCUGUCGAGUCGAAAGCGACUCGCAAGGGAUCAUAAUCAGCCAAUCAGUUUGAAAGACGUUGACUCAAGUAUGCCCAACUAUUCAGAUAUUCAUGGCAAAGAAAUAGACAGAAAACUUUUGGUUUCCGAGAAUAAAAAGCCCAGGAAAUCGAAAGCUAAAUUAGAUUGCCCAUGUGCCAACCAGCGUACGACUACGACAACAACCUCAACAACAGAACAACCGCUCAACUACGACGAAUACGAAUAUGAUGAGCUGGAAGAUGACUACGAGAUCGACCCACCCAGGCUUUAUGAUUCAAAUUACGCCACUACCACCUCUUUACCGACCACAACAACCCUUCCCCAAAGGUUUCUUCCACGAUCGAAGCGGCUCCUGGUUGAUUCAUACCAAAACGACGAUUCCGAGUACGGCUCCUUCGAAGAUCAGCAGGACACGCUAAGCGUAGAGCGGGCCGAACGAAUGCAGGGCGCUCUUGAGCGGAUCAUGGGAUUCGUCACGAUCAUGUCCCACGUCGACAGUUUCAUCCAGAAAAAGACGAAGCAAUCGAUAAGGCGACUAGCUAAACUUUACCAAAGCGGCGAAGAGAGAUAGAGGACCACCGGA